UGGAGCGAUGGAAGUUCGGCGGCAAUUGACUGAAGUGAACCUCGAUGUGUUGAAAGCCAAAGAUACGACAUCCACACGCACAUCCUCCAACAUGUCCAGCCAGGACAACAAAGGAAUCCCUUUCUCGCAUGCCCUGGAUGGCGUCGGCUACAAGCUCCUCGAGCUGCCUCCAGAACUCGUCACCCUGCUCGAGGGAGAGAAUCCACCAACAUUGAAGCUCAAGUCCUCGCCCACGGCCGGCCUGCUCGAGGCGGCUGGCAAAACGUAUUCGCUCCGGCAAAAGAAUACGUCCAACGCCCUCAUCAUUUUGCGGCCGGAGGAGGAGGCUGUCGCCACCACGGAGUUGUCGGUGGACCCCGCCCAGGAGUCAAAGGAGGUACCUCCGUCUUCGGGGAUGCCAGAGGUUGGCAUGCGCGCCUUCGCCAGCGUGCACGAGACUGUUGAGCUCUUGCCCGAGGCCGGCUCGGUACCAUCAGCAGCAACGUCGGCAAAGGGGAAAUGGCACGAGAAGUUCGGAAAGACCAGGUAGUAGCUGCUCCGGCAGGGCCAUCGCCAGCAUUCGUAGAUAUUAUUCGAGAAUAUCUGUCACUUGUUGCCCUUGGAUGCUAGUUUUUCAGUGCGAUUGGUUUGCAUCAAGCCUCUCGACUUGACAGCCAAAACGGAUGAAAGAUUCUGAGAUUGAAAAACGAACAAUCGAAGGGAGAAGGAAAUGAAAGAGAAGGAGAGAUGGACCCCCAACCCCGACACCAUUUCCAUGCAAUAAUCAAUCCCCAAGAAAGCGCUAAAAGCCAUGGGCGCCUUGCACCAACCCUAUCCUCAUAUGACCAAGGAGACGUGCUAAAAGAAGCGAGUAAGCGGGAAAUAUGACACUGCUACCCUCCCA